GAGAGGAAAGGGAGAAGCAGAGGUUGGGGAGCUAAACUGUUCGUUUCCUCUACCUUUAGAGCCGUUCUGUCCCUGGUGAUCCCCACAGCUCCGUGUAAGUCUUUCAUUUCAAUUGUCAACAAAAAGCAAAGCAACAUUUUCUAUCAGCACUAGCCACAGUUUGAGUGUCAGUGGCCACCUAGGCCCAUGGGGUGACAACAGCCGCGCCUGGCUGGCAGAGCAUACAGGGUGGGUAUCCUCAUGGACCGUUCACUUGGGCAGCAUUGGCCUUGCCUCUGAAGCAACCCCAUGAGACAGGGACCUAACAGCUUGUGACUAAAGGGGAAUAUUCACCAUUCAUACAGCCAGCAAUGCCAGUGGCCCUGGAACUCAGCUUCAUCUGUCAAAGAAGGUAUGGAAGAGGGUGCCUGUAAAUCCUCCUGCCCAGCUGGCAGCUUCCCUGGGACAGAAGAGACUGAGGCCACUUGGAGCCUUUUGCCUUUGUCCCCAGGCCAGACAUAGGUGAGCCUUGCUGAUUGGAAAGACGAGUGGAUAAACAUUUAAUUUGGGGUGACUUGCAGCUUGGAGACUGAAUGCCCCGGACACUUCUGCCAUGAAGGAAGGAAGCAACCUACCUAGGGUACAACCUUGUAUGAACUUUGAGAAAGAACAUGAUGAUAAAUGAAAGAAGCCAGUUCCGAAAGGUUGCAUGCACUCCGAAAUCCCAUUCAUAAGAAACACCCAAAGCAAGCGUGUCUGUGGGCAGUAGACUAGUGGUGAUCGGGGGCUAGAGCGAAGCGUAACAAAACGGCUCUCCCAUGGGUCUCCUUUCAGGGUAAUGCAGAUGUUUGCUACUAGAUGCAGGUGGUAGUUGUACCACACUGUGGAUAGACUUCAUGUUACCAAACUAUAUGCUCUCAAUUGAUAAAAACAGUAUAUUCUUUGUUCUAUUUUUUUAACAAUAAAAAAGUGAGAGGAAACAGAAAUCUGGGUAGUAAAUCUAUACGUUCCUUAUAACAUUUUUCUGAUUUAUUCAUAUACUGAGAUAUUUUCAUAACAUUGUUGGAAUGGGGCAGGAAGAGGAAAUGUUUUCUUGACUGCAGGCUUCAGAGGCAAGGUGGGGCAUGAUACACUCAGAUGUUCCCUCAAAAGCAACAGGCCUGGGGGCACUGCUGUGGGCUCCAGCUUUGCCAGCCAAGUGCACAAGGGGAGGCAGGGCAUUGGAUGCUGCCCCAGUGCUUCCAACUGGAUCUGGAAGGACACAGCGUCCACAGCUCAGCCUUCCCUACAUCUGCCAGCAUCACGAUGCCCCAGAGCACAGCUCAGUAGAGAAAAUGGUCCUGUCUCAGUUUGUACCAAGGAAAUGAAAGCACAGAGAUGUGACCAGACUGGCAAUGGCCCUGUGAUCUCCGGAGAGAGAAAAGAGACUCCAGCCAGGCUCCUGUCCUCCCCCAGCCUCUGCAGCCAGAGGCUGUGAUGUGAGGCUGGGGGCAGAGCAGAGCCAGCCCUGUAGCGAGGUUUGCACAGCAGCCACAGAGAGGUUGGUAGUGUGCAGGUGGGAGAUACAGCUCAAUGUGGGUCUGGUCCAGGGUGCCCAUGAUCUGGUCUCUUCUUUAACCAGCAGGUGCCCAGCAGCCUCCCACCUUGGCUUCCUGCCUGGGUGGCUCUGGGCCACAGAAGCCUUCCUGUGGGUGGGCAUCCCCUCCUUCCUGAGGGUGGGAAAGUAUGACUCAGGGUUUGGUGGCUGAGUUUUAGAAACAGGAGGCAAGGACCGAAAGGCGAUGCUUCUAAACCGCCUGGGGAGGGGACCGCCUGCCUGUUCCUGGGGCUUUGACCUUGGGUUGCCUGAGGUUAGAGGCAGUGGGAGGAGGCAGGUCCAGGGUCCCAGCUGUAGGACGGAUGAGCAGCCUGAUGCAGGGAAGCUUCCUGGGUUUUGCUUUUUCUCGGGGUGGCUGUAGUGGAGGGCUGUUUUCGCCCACCCACCGUCCAGCCAUGCCCCACCCUGCCUCGGUGCGCAGGCCGAGGCCUGUUUGGGGAGGUUGCCACAGCAGAACUGUGGGAUUGGCUCUGCUGACGCCUUCCCCUGGCAUAUGGCUCCUCCGCCCGCCUCGAGCUCUGCCAGCGGCUCCCCUUUCUCCAUGGCAACUUAGCUCAGUGGUCCCAGUGGAGGAGAGAGAAUCAAUUCUCCCUCCUUCCCGCCCUCCUGCGCCUCUCCCCACCCCUUCCUCUCCCGCUUGCCUUCUUCCUUGCCUCUGUUGUCCCUGCGUGGUGGCUCCUCACACAGCCAAGGGACCGUGUGCUGGCACUUCCAGGCAUGAGCUGACUGUAGCACUGCCGCGGGGCUGGGGGCGGCUCUCUGAGACCUGCACGUGGGAAGCCAGCAGAGUCUGCAGGAUGGGGUUGCUGAGCAGGGCUCCAGCCAGCACCUGCUGCAUGAGGCGCCAGCUCUGGUACUUUGGUGCCCCGCUCCCCUUACCUCAUGUUGGCUUCCUGAAAGGUCUUCAUUGAAUUCUGUCAUGGUUAUCUAAGGACCUUGCCUAGAAAGUCCCCACAAGCACGCAGCUCCCUGCCGCCUGGAAGGCGUGGACUCCAAGAUGAUCAUAAAGGAAUACCGGAUUCCCCUGCCAAUGACCGUGGAUGAAUACCGCAUUGCCCAGCUGUACAUGAUACAGAAGAAGAGCCGGAAUGAGACCCACGGGCAAGGCAGCGGGGUGGAGAUCCUGGAGAACCGGCCCUACACAGACGGCCCUGGCGGCUCCGGGCAAUACACCCACAAGGUGUAUCAUGUGGGCAUGCACAUUCCUGGCUGGUUUCGCUCCAUCUUGCCCAAGGCAGCCUUGCGGGUGGUGGAGGAGUCCUGGAAUGCCUACCCCUAUACCCGAACAAGGUUCACCUGCCCCUUUGUGGAGAAGUUCUCCAUUGACAUUGAAACCUUUUAUAAGACAGACACGGGGGAAAACAAUAAUGUGUUCAACCUGUCUCCUGUGGAAAAGAGCCAGCUGGUAACAGACAUCAUCGACAUCGUCAAGGAUCCUGUGCCCCCCAGUGAGUAUAAGACAGAAGAAGACCCCAAGCUGUUCCAGUCAGUCAAGACUUGCCGGGGACCUCUUUCUGAAAACUGGAUUCAGGAGUACAAGAAGCGGCUCCUCCCCAUCAUGUGCGCCUACAAGCUCUGCAAGGUGGAGUUCCGGUACUGGGGCAUGCAGUCCAAGAUUGAGAGGUUCAUCCAUGACACAGGUCUGCGGCGGGUGAUGGUGAGGGCCCACCGGCAGGCCUGGUGCUGGCAGGACGAGUGGUACGGACUGACCAUGGAGAAAAUCCGAGAGCUGGAGAGGGAGGUACAGCUCAUGCUGUCCCGCAAAAUGGCCCAGUUUUCAGAGGAAGGACCCUCAGAACUCAGCAAGGACAGUACCGCCAAGGACCAGGCAUCUGGAACAACCUCUGAUCCUGGCAGCAAAAAUGGGGAGCCUCUGGGGCGGGGCCUGAAGAAGCAGUGGUCCACCUCCUCCAAGUCCUCAAGGUCCUCCAAGCGGGGAGCCAGCCCCUCCCGACAUAGCAUCUCAGAGUGGAGGAUGCAGAGUAUCGCCAGGGACUCUGACGAAGGCUCAGAAGAGGAGUUCUUCGAUGCACAUGAGAACCUGUACUGCACAGAGGAAAAGCAAGCCAAGGACAUGACCAAGUGGAACUCCAACGACCUCAUGGACAAAAUGGAGAAUCCGGAGCCUGAGGAAUCACAAGAUGGAAUCUACCAGCAGAGUGGCUCUGAGUUCAGGGUGGCCUCCAGCGUGGAGCAGCUGAACAUCAUUGAGGAUGAGGUGAGCCAGCCACUAGCCGCGCCACCCUCCAAGAUUCACGUGCUGCUGCUGGUGCUGCAUGGAGGCACCAUCCUGGACACUGGAGCAGGGGACCCCAGCUCCAAGCAGGGGGACACCAAUACUAUCACCAACGUGUUCGACACCGUCAUGCGCGUGCACUACCCCAGUGCCCUAGGCCACCUAGCCAUCCGCCUGGUGCCCUGUCCACCCAUCUGUGCUGAUGCCUUCGCCCUCGUCUCCAACCUCAGUCCCUAUGGCCAUGAUGAGGGCUGUCUGUCUAGCAGCCAGGACCACAUCCCCCUAGCUGCCCUGCCCCUGCUGGCCACUUCCUCACCCCAGUACCAGGAGGCAGUUGCUACAGUGAUUCAGCGGGCCAACCUGGCCUAUGGAGACUUCAUCAAGUCCCAGGAAGGUGUGACCUUCAAUGGUCAGGUCUGCCUGAUUGGAGACUGUGUUGGGGGCAUCCUGGCAUUUGAUGCCUUAUGCUACAGUGGCCAGCCAGUGUCUGAGAGUCAAAGCAGUAGCCGCCGGGGCAGUGUGGUCAGCAUGCAGGACGCUGACCUGCUGUCCCCGGGCACCCUGGCGAAUGCAGCACACUGCUCCGGUGGCAGUGGCGGUGGUGGCGGCGGUGGCUCCAGCCUGGAGAGCAGUCGGCACCUGAGCCGCAGCAACAUUGACAUCCCCCGAAGCAACGGCACUGAGGACUCCAGAAGGCAGCUGCCCCGCAAAAGGAGUGACUCGUCCACCUAUGAGCUGGACACCAUCCAGCAGCACCAGGCCUUCCUAUCCAGCCUCCACGCCAGCGUGCUGAGGAAUGAGCCCAGCUCCCGCCGCUCAAGCAGCUCCACGAUGCUGGACGGUGCCGGGGCCCUGGGCAAGUUUGACUUCGAGAUCGCCGACCUCUUCCUCUUCGGGUGCCCACUGGGGCUAGUCCUAGCCUUGAGGAAAACAGUCAUCCCCUCCCUGGACGUUUUCCAGCUGCGGCCAGCGUGUCAGCAAGUGUACAACCUCUUCCACCCCGCGGACCCCUCAGCCUCCCGCCUGGAGCCACUGCUGGAGCGGCGUUUCCACAGCCUGCCUCCUUUCAGCAUCCCUCGGUACCAGCGCUACCCGCUGGGGGACGGCUGCUCCACGCUGCUGGCGGAUGUGCUUCAGACCCACAACACAGUCUUCCAAGAGCAUGCAGCCCCCUCAUCACCUGGCACAGCCCCUGCUGGCCGUGGCUUCCGCAGAGCCAGUGAGAUCAGCAUCGCCAGUCAGGUGUCAGGCAUGGCCGAGAGCUACACAGCAUCCAGCAUCGCCCAGAAGGGUCCCUCGUCGCUCAACCACACCCCCAGCAUCAGGCGCCUAUCCUUGCUCGCCCUGCCCCCCCCAUCCCCUACCACCCAGGGUCCCCGUGCCAGGGCAAGGCAGGUGAGCCCCAACCUGGAGAGGGCCCCCUGCCCCCCUGACUUGGACAUCGGAGAAGUCGCUGCCAAGUGGUGGGGCCAGAAGCGGAUUGACUAUGCCCUGUACUGCCCGGACGCCCUCACGGCCUUCCCCACAGUGGCCUUGCCCCACCUCUUCCACGCCAGCUACUGGGAGUCAACCGACGUGGUCUCCUUUCUGCUGAGACAGGUCAUGAGGCACGACAGCUCGAGCAUCCUAGAGCUGGAUGGCAAGGAGGUGUCCGUGUUCACGCCUUCGCAGCCCAGGGAGAAGUGGCAGCGCAAGAGGACCCACGUGAAGCUGCGGAACGUGGCAGCCAACCACCGGAUCAAUGACGCAGUUGCCAAUGAGGAUGGCCCGCAGGUUGUGACAGGCCGGUUCAUGUAUGGGCCCUUAGACAUGGUCACCCUGACUGGGGAAAAGGUGGAUGUGCACAUCAUGACGCAACCACCUUCAGGUGAGUGGCUGCACCUAGACACUCUAGUGACCAACAGCAGCGGGCGCGUCUCCUACACCAUUCCAGAAACACACCGCCUGGGGGUGGGCGUCUACCCCAUCAAGAUGGUGGUCAGGGGAGACCACACAUUCGCCGACAGCUACAUCACUGUGCUCCCCAAGGGCACAGAGUUUGUGGUCUUCAGUAUAGACGGCUCCUUUGCCGCCAGUGUGUCCAUCAUGGGCAGCGACCCCAAGGUGCGCGCCGGGGCUGUGGACGUGGUGCGACACUGGCAGGACCUGGGCUACCUCAUCAUCUACGUGACCGGCCGGCCUGACAUGCAAAAGCAGCGGGUGGUGGCAUGGCUGGCUCAGCACAAUUUCCCUCACGGUGUGGUGUCCUUCUGUGAUGGCCUGGUGCACGACCCACUGCGCCACAAGGCUAACUUUCUGAAGCUGCUCAUCUCUGAGCUGCACCUGCGCGCGCAUGCGGCCUACGGCUCCACGAAGGAUGUCGCGGUCUAUAACUCCAUCAGCCUCUCUCCCAUGCACAUCUACAUUGUGGGCCGCCCCACCAAGAAGCUGCAGCAGCAGUGCCAGUUCAUCACGGAUGGCUACGCGGCCCACCUGGCCCAGCUCAAGUACAAUCACCGGGCUCGCCCAGCCCGGAACACGGCCACGCGCAUGGCUUUGCGCAAGGGCAGCUUCGGCCUACCUGGCCAGAGUGACUUCCUUCGCUCUCGGAAUCACCUGCUCCGCACCAUCUCAGCCCAGCCCAGUGGGCCCAGCCAUCGGCACGAUCGGACACAGACCCAGAUGGACAGCGAGCAGCGGGGCCAGCGCAGCAUGAGCGUGGCAGCCAGCUGCUGGGGCCGGGCCAUGGCAGGCCGGCUUGAACCAGGGGCAACCACGGGACCCAAGUAGGACACUCUCAGGAGGCGCUGUGGUCUCCAUGGUGCUAGGCCAGGGCACCGGCCCUCCUGGGAGGCCUGGCCUGGGCAUACACGUCGGUGGCUGGGGUCAAGCACAGACAUGGCCUGAAAGCGACCCAGGGCCCCUUGGAAGACAUGGCCAUGCCAACACAGCCCUCCCAGCCUUGCCUGAUGCCCUGGGCUCUGAGGAGCCCAGCUGGUUAUGGGACCUGGCAGGAUGUCCAGCCCAUGAUGGAAGAGGAGCCAGGAUUGGCCGCCUAGCCCAGCCUGGGAGGCAUUCCUGGGCAUCUUGCUCCGUGUUGAUCUCUCAGCCUCCUGGUGCCAGGCGUGGGUCUGGGCCCUGCCUGCCACCUCCCUGUCCACUGGCACCCCUUCCCAUUUGGUAGCGGCUCCAAUGGGUCCAGCCCGCUUCUUGUUGACUCCAGUUCUCAACUGUCCAACCUCACUGGUUUUGCACUAGUUUUUGAGAGUGGAGACCCGUUACCAUCUCCUGGCUCCAGACAUGUUGACAUGCAUGAAAAUCCAGUCUCUGCUGACCCAGGCCAGGGCCUGUCACCACACAGAGUAGUCCAGUGUGGGAAAUCUUCACGCAAGCAGGAGAGAAAGGCCAUAUCGUAAUUUCUGCUGCCUGCCCUGUCUGUUGACACCACGGCAGCCCAGUGGCAGUCCCAGACUGCUACCCACCUGUCCACCUGCCCCACCCAGAGCUCAGUGCAGUCCCGGAACUGAUGUCACUCCGGGCCUGAGCACAGCACAGGUGUGAGGCCAUCCGCGUGCACAGCUGGCUCUUGGUAGCCCACCUUGGGCAGCUGGACCUGGAGAAGCCUGGCCUCCACCGCCGCUCCUUGCCUGCUCAAGGCCCGGGGNGUCAUGGCUGCUGCCCACCGCGUUUCUACGCCUUUCUACUUCUCCAUCUGGUUUCUAUAAGGUUUUUUUUAAACAGGCAAUCUUCGGCUGCUUCCUUUUCUUAACUCAGUGUCAGCGCAGCCUGCUACAUUAGGAACACCCAGCACUGUGACAGGGCCCUACUCAGUCUGGCCUAUGGGCCCUGCACCUGGCCCACAAUUCCACUGACUUCCUAUUCUGGGGUGGGUGGGGCUCUUAGGUUUUCUUAAUGCCGUUCCGUUUAAUGUCGACUCCAGGAAGCCACAGCUCACUCUCCAGCCUAAGGGCACACAGCCAUCUUAUUGGUCCCCAAAUACGGAUGGGCGUCCUACACAUUGGGUCUGAGCCCCCACCUUCCACACAGCACUGACCACACCUCUCCUGCACCUUCUCGGCGUUGGCUGAGCCCAUGGAGCUCCAGCCCUGGGUCCAGCGAUGGGGCUCUGUGCCUGAGUCGCUGCCAGGCCAGACUCAGACGCAGGGCCAAGUGGCUGGGCCCAACAGGUAUACAGGAGACACUGACUUUGCUGUGUAGCUAUGUACAGCACAGGUGCGUGGGACUCCCGCCAUGGCAGGUCUACACAAGAAGAAAGCUAUUUAUUUUGUGCAGAGGAAAAAAAAACAAACUGUCUGGAGGGGUGAGGCCUUCAGGGUCUUCUCAUAGCUUUGUGUUGUUUCCAGCGUUCUGUAUAAAGCAGUGAUUAUUUUAUGGACCAAGAUUCCAUGGAACUGUCACAGUAAAAGUGCAAUAUCUGUCCCACCACUCCCCACUGGGGGCCCCACAGGAAGCUGCUGGCCCGACAAUCACUGCCCCACCGGGGGUCCCUAGGGGCCAGGGCCUCCUCCCUCAGCCCCACCCGUCUUGCCUCAGCCUAGGUGACCAGCCAUUGUGAGAAGCACCUGGAAGCCUCAAGCCACCUGCAGCAAAGGCAGGGGGGCUGGGGUCAGUGGGCUUGGUCCCCCCUGGGCAGCUCCUUGUGGCUCUGAAUGCCCAUGCCUGCCCAGCUGUCAGCCAUGCCAAGGACAACAGCAAUAGUCCCCUGGGCUCUCCCAGGGCCCUCAGCCAUAGAUGGUGAGACGGGCAGCCUCCCUCCAAAACCUUACUCCAGUCUGCUUUUUGUCUCCCUUAAGAUUUCCUUUGGCUCGUUCUCUUGAGGAAGCCCCAUUUCUACAGAAAGUAAGAGAGGAAGGAAGGUCAAAGUCCUUUAAAAAUACCAAAAAAAUGUUUACAGUGUCAGGUGCUGAGCUGCAGGGCUCAGGCCUGGCCAUUCGUAACCAAAGGGUGAGGCAGAUCUUGCUGGCUGCCACCCACCCCAGGCCUGUUAGAAUAGAAGCCUUAGUCCGUCCCUCCCCAUCCCCAGUCCCCAGGACUGAGCCUCGAUGCCACCCAUCGCCAACCACCUGCCUUCUCUUUGAUUUCUAAAGAAGGAUUCAGCCAAGUUCCCCCAACCCCUUUCCUGGCUCUGUGUGAGCUAGCCCCCACCCUGCCCUGGUUCACCUUCACAUCUCAGACCCCUCCCAUCUGUCCUUGUACCGUCUUGUUUCUCCCAACCAUUGUGUGAACUGUGUCCUGACCCCACUCCAUACUGUCUGGCCUGAGUGUGCUCUCUGUAUACCGUGUCACAGUCUGUUACACCAAUUAAAGAAGCAGGAGGCUUCC